GUGUUCGAAAAUUGACUGACAGUACUGUCAGCAAUCUUUUAUCUCUUUAGCGCUUCCAAGUUCGUGAAUAGCUCUGACUCUGUCCUAGGGAAUUUUGAGUACUGUCAUUCAAUUUACGAACAUGGCCUAUGUCAGCUAAUCGCAACGACGCUUCCACGGCAAGACGAGAAUCGACGCUACACUCUUUGACAAGGGUUUUGCUCUCUGGGUUUUGGAAGUAUUCUCGAUAUCGAAAAGCAUGUUAGUACUGCGGACUUAGUCGGUAAUAUAUAUACUCGUAAGUGUUGAACGCCUCUUGCGGGAGUAGAGGGAAAAUUUGUUUAUUGCUACGGAUUUAUUGGUUAUACACCGAUCGCGAAUUGUUGUAUUUUCGGUUGUAUUAGGGCCAAAAGUCGAUGUAGAAUUUACAGAGUGAAUCGGGAAAAACUUAAGAAACAGUAUUUCCUCGCAAGCAUGGAAGUUGCAUUGCACAAAGUUGAGCUACACGCUGACGUUUAUAUGGUCUGUCUUCAACAUGCCUUGUCGACAGAGAAUUUUGAAGUUAUGGGACUGCUCAUUGGAAAUCUAGAGUCUGGAAUUGCCAACGUAUCUGCUGUGAAAAUACUGCGGCGAUCGGACAAAAAAAAAGAUCGCGUAGAAAUAUCAUCGGAACAAGUUUUGAAAGCAGCGGCGGAGGCAGAACGAUUGACAAUUGAACUUAAUCGUCCGAUGCGUGUACUUGGUUGGUACCAUUCUCAUCCCCAUAUCACAGUUUGGCCGUCACAUGUUGAUGUUAGAACACAAGCCACCUAUCAGACAAUGGACCAUGGAUUUGUGGGGUUGAUAUUUUCAGUUUUUUCAGAAGGCAAAGAUUCGAAGGAACAAGAAGCACUUGUAACUUGCUUUCAGUCGCAUAAUGGAGAAGCAACUGAGAUACCAUUAGAAAUUCUAUACACCCCUGACCUUUCGGAACAGUGUCUAAAAACAAUGACAGAUCUACCAAAGAUUUUGGUCCAAGAAGAAGAAGACAGCGCAGAAGCUUGUAAAAAUCACCCAGAUUUGAUGGCUACUAUUCACAAUCGCGCAGUUCAUACAAGAGCUUUGGCGCAUAUAACGGAUAUUGUAACGAGACCUUUGGUGUCAAUAUUUGAGACAAGGCUAGCCCUGAACAAAACGCGGGCUACGUUCUUGCAGAAACAACUUGCUGAAUUACAAAACAUGUGUACAGAAUCAAUGAAACUUUAAAAGUCUGAAUGUAAAGGGUAAAAAACGACGUUAAGCGGAUCAAAAAAGUAUACCAUUGUACAGGAAGUGUCUAUUAUUUAAAACAAACGUUGAAUGUGAUAUUCGUCGUAGUACCCGUAUCGUUUCCCAAUCUAAUGUUAGACACUGCUAUUUUUUAAUUAAAUAUAUGGUUUAUUUACAAGCUCUUAGCAAUAGUCUGAAUUCUGUAUUUUCACUAGAAUACAUAUUUACUCUCUUUUAUGUAAGAAGUGAGAGCUUUUGUUAUUUAUAAAAAUAAUUUUUUAUAUCUAUAGUGCCUAAUUUGAUAGAUAUCUUAUAAAAUAUAACUAUGUUAUCUAGAUAUCGAAAGAAGAGAAGGAAAAUAUUAGCCUCGUGCACGAUAAGAUGCAAAAAUUUGAAAAUAAAUUUUUAACAACUAA